AACAACAACAACAACAAAGUGCUUGCAUACAUAAGUGAACUCUGGGUCCAGGUGGAAGAAAGUUGAGCCCUGGUGCAGGAAAGGGCUGGGUCCAAGUUGUUCGGUUUUCUGGUGGAUGCUGGCUCCGUGGCUCUGACCCGGAGGCUGUGGAAGACUGCCAUGGGUUCUGAGCUCAGCUAUUUCUCACCCCAGGGUGAAGGUGGGACCAGACCCGCCCUUCCCCAGCUUCCUAUAAGGGCCGAGGACCUGGGACUCCGGGUUCACACACCAUGAUUCUGUUUAGAAGACACAGGACCUUCCUGCUGGCCUUAACACUGCUCUGUACCCUCCUGGGUCUCGGCUGCCCUCUAAGUUGUGAAGUGUGCAAAGGCUCGGGGCACACAUGCAGCGGUAAGAUGAAGACCUGUGAAGCCGGCAAAGACGCAUGCGUGGUCCUCGUGGGCGAGUCCAGCACAAAGGGCCGAAAGUCAGUGAACACCUUCAAGGCCUGCAUGAAGUUCAAAGACUGCUACUCAGGCUUCGUGUCGACCACCAUGAGUCCCAAUGACUACAUGGUGUCCAACGCCCACUGCUGUCAAAGUGACGGUUGCAACAGUGGCUCCGUGCCCCCUCCCCUGAACAACCGGACCGAGAACGGCCUGAUGUGUCCCUCCUGCAUUGCGCCCUUCCAGGAGACCUGUCCAGGAACCCAGGCGGCCCGCUGCGUGGGCCGGGAAACACACUGCAUCUAUUUUGCUGGCAAUGUGCAGGCUGGUAUUAUCAACACGAAAUUUGCCACGAGGGGCUGUGCUACAGAGAGCGCCUGCUACACCAAGGCAGGAGCUGAGGUCCCUUCUGCUUCCUAUCUCUACUUCCUGCGCCGGGCAGACUGCCUUCCGGCACCUUACCCGCCUGGCAGGGGAGAGUGAAGAACCAAGAAGUAUGUGAUUUGAGGAGCCCUGCAGCUCUCCAGAUGCCUGUAAAUUAAAACACAUCGACAGUACAAACCUCA